UAAUCCAUUUCUUCUCUGUUCUGUUAAUUUUCACCCUUCUAUUUGGUGCUCUCAUUGACUAUGGCGGUGGCGGAUAACACUCGCUUGAAGAGUAUGGAGACAUACAUCAAGUGCUUGUUUCAAAUGCUUGAGUUGGUGAUGGAAGAGUCCCGAGUGGAACGCACACGAGUGAUGGAAGCUACUGAUCGGAAGGGCGAGUUACAGAUUCUCCCUGACCCUUGUCGCAGUCAUUCUGUGAAUUACACUCACCCCAUGGUUUGCACUCAGGGGCUGACCAUCCACAGUGCAGUCUAGCGCAGUCUACCCCCAUACUGAGGGGUGAGCUUUGAUCUUCCCAAAUUCGACGGCAUAGAUGAACUAGGUUGGAUUUUUGCCGUGGAUCAAUAUUUUGAUUUCUUCCGCAUUCCGGAGGAGGAGCAAAUCAGGUUGCUUCAAUCCACAUGUCCGGUAUGAUCGUUCUGUGGUUUCAAAUGUCAAAACGCACAAGCCAAUUUCGUUCGUGGAAUCAUCAGUUGAAGCGUGCGAUCGAAUUGGAGUUUGGACCGUUACUCUUAAAUUUUCUCGUGAAUUACUCUUUAAAUUCUAGCAAAACGGGUCAAUAACUGAUUACUAUUCGAAAUUUGUGACUCUUGCUAAUAGAACUAGCAUAGACCCUCUAGAUGCUUUGGGUGAUUACUUCAUUAGUGUGCUUCGAGCCGAUAUUAAAUGGAAGCUUAAGGCACAAUGUCCCCCAUCCCUGAUGUGUGCUGUGAGUCUCGCCCGGUUAUAUGAAGAUAAAUUCUCCACAGUUUCGCGAAACACCCAGGGUCCUAGCUCUUAUCGUGCUCAGCCAACGGCACCCAAUUCAGGUACCACAACGUAACUCCUUACUCCCUUCAUUGCCCUCGCCAAACCCUCGACCCCCUACUAGUACCAAUCGGGCUCCAGUCAAGAAGCUCUCCCCUACUGAACUUUAGGCCAAAAGGGAGAAGGAUUUGUGUUUUUGGUAUGAUGAAAAGUUCACAACCUUUUACAAAUGUCCUAUCAAACAUUCGUUGUUAUAUCAACUUUACGAGGAUGAAGAGCAAAGUGUUGCCGAGCCUAGUACUGAUGAUGUGGGUAUGAAAAAUUCCUUACUGCGGUUAGAGCUGUAGGUCAUGGCUCACCACUUGUCUUACUAUGCCAUGCAUGGGACCUCAGGCACAACCACUAUCCGCGUCAAUGCUCUCAUUCAAGGCUUGGAAGUUAAAGCCUUCAUUGAUGGAGGUAGUUUUGACAAUUUUAUACAACCACGAAUUGUCAAAUUCUUAAAUCUGUCUAUUCAACCUGCACCAGGGCUGAAGGUAAUGGUUGGUAAUUUUGUUGUUAUGAUUGUGGAGGGAUAUAUCCCUACUGUUGAAAUUUCAAUGGAUGGUUGCAAGGUUCAAAUUCAUGAUGUAUUUGUGCUGCAUGUAGCGGGUGGUGACUUAAUCAUUGGCACACCUUGGCUCAGGCAUUUGCGUGCUCAUAUUGUGGAUUAUGAUGCAUCUUUUAUUCGCUUUCUACAUGAAGGAAAUUUUGUUACGGUGCAUGGUGAAAAACCAGCAUUACCACAGCAGGCCCAAUUUCACAUAAGACGGUUACUACAUAUGAAUGCCAUUGCUAAGGUCUUCACCUUGGAAUUGCAUCAACCACCCGAUGAAUCCCCUCAUACCUUUCAACUGUCAGAGCAAAUGGAGCCUGAACUAAUAACAUUGUUGCAUGCAUAUGCGAAGGUUUUUCAACUCCCUUCAGGUUUACCCCCGAAACGCUUCCAGGAUCAUAGCAUUCCACUGAUUCCAGGGGCUGCCUCUGUGAAAGUUAAACGUUACCGUUAUCUGCAUAGUGAGAAGGCUCAAAUUGAGGCUAUAGUCCAGGAAAUACCUGAGGAAGAUAUUAUUCAACCAAGAAGGAGUCCCUUUUCGUCCCCUAUUUUAUUAAUCAAAAAGAAGGAUAGGUCUUGGAGGUUUUGCACAGGUUAUCGCGCAUUGAACAAUAUUACCGUGAAGGAUUGUUUUCCUAUACCAACAGUUGAUGAGCUUCUUGAUGAGCUGUUUGGUGCGAGGGUGUUCUCAAAGCUGGACCUCAGGUUUGGUUAUCACCAGAUUAUAGUAAAGUCUGAGGAUAGGUUCAAAACGGCAUUCCAGACUCCCCAAGGCCAUUAUGAGUGGCUUAUCACAUUGUUCAGGUUUACAAAUGCCCUGGCUACAUUUCAAAACCUGAUGAAUGACAUAUUCUGCCCUUGCUUGAGGAAAUUUGUGUUGGUCUUCUUUGAUGACAUAUUAAUUUAUAGUCUCUCAUGGCCUCAACACUUACAACACCUUGAAUAAGUGUUGCAGAUCCUCCAACAUGAAGCUUUAUACGCAAAGCUUUCCAAAUGCUCCUUUAGUGUCAAUGAGAUUGACUAUUUAGGACAUACUAUUGAUGAGGUGGGUGUUCACAUGGAUAAGGUGAAAGUUCAAACCAUAAUUGAUUGGCCUGCUCCUCAAAAUUUGAAACAACUUCGAGGUUUUCUGGGUCUCACAAGAUAUUAUAAAUGCUUUAUUAAAAAUUAUGCCUCCAUAGCUGCCCCUCUCACGGACCAUUUGAAGAAAGAUUCAUUCACUUGGAGUGCCAAAGCAGCUUCUGCAUUUACCCUCUUAAAGGCUUCCAUUACGUCUAAACCGGUAUUGGCCCUACUGAAUUUUGACUUACCCUUCAUCAUUGAAAUGGAUGCUUCAGGGUUUGGGAUUGGAGCUAUUUUAAUUCAGUAGAAGCACCAUGUUGCUUAUUUUUCCAAGAAGUUCUCUCCAACCAUGCAACGUCAAUCCACCUACACAAGGGAGUUUUACACCAUCAUUGAGGCAAUUGCCGAAUUUUGCCAUUAUUUGCUUGGAAAGAAAUUUAUUAUUUAAAUGGAUCAACAAAGCUUGAAAUCACUAUUCCAUCAAAAUCUGCAUACUUUGGAGCAACACAAGUGGUUACACAAGUUGCUUGGCUAUGAUUUUGAAAUUCAAUACAAGUUGGGUAUUGAUAAUGUUGCUGCUGACGCCUUAUUUCGGAGCUUCCUUGGGGCGUGGUCUUGUCCCAGAGUAGAUUGGUUAUGUAAUCUAAAGGUAGACGUUGAAGCUUAUUCGAAUCUCAGGUCCAUCGUGCAGUCUUGUUUGGAGGGAAGGCAUGACAUUGGUAAUUAUUCUAUAAGAAAUGGAAUUCCCUUAUGGAGUGACAGGGUGGUGAUACGUUUGGCAAGCCCCUUGAUCAAGCUACUUCUACAUGAGUUCCAUGAUAGUGUGAUUGGUGGGCACUCCGGGGUUGCUAAGAUAGUUGAACGAAUUGCCUCAAAUUCAUAGUAGCCGAAUAUGCAACACGAUAUCUGUGACUGUUCUUUCUUGCACCAUAUGUCAGCAGGCCAAGGUAGAUACUAAGUUGCCAGCUGGGUUAAUACACCCUUUGCUAGUACCGUUGCAAGUGUGGGAAGCAAUUUGCAUGGAUUUCAUCACCGCGCUUUCCCCCUCCCAUGGAUAUUUUGUGGUCAUGGUAAUCAUUGAUAGGCUUACUAAGUUUACACACUUUGUUCCCUUAAAGCGGGAUUUUGCCGUAGAACAGUGGCGGAAGCAUUUAUCAGAAACAUUGUGAAGUUACAUGGUUUUCCUAACACCAUAAUUUCUGAUCGGGAUCGAGUCUUCAUUAGUAGAUUUCGGCAACAAUUAUUUAAAAUGCAGGGCACAGCCUUGGCAAUAAGCUCUGCGUAUCAUCCUCAAACCCAUGGACAAAGUGAGGUGUUGAAUAAAAACCUCAAAAUGUUGCGAUGCUUUUGCUUUGAGAAUCCAAAGAAAUGGGGUAACAUGCUUCUGUGGGCGCAAUAUUGGUACAACACCUCUUAUCAUAGCGGUAUUAAGAUGUCUCCUUACAAAGCAUUAUAUGGCCACGACCCUGCCAGCCUCAUUUGUUAUGAAUUUUCUUCCCAUGAUGAGCCAUCCAUUCAAGAGUUGUUGCUAACUCGAGACAAACUGUUGGAAUAGCUUAAGGCUAAUCUCGCAAGGACCCAACAAUUCAUGAAGACUUAUGCUGAUAAGAUUCACCGAGAUGCUGAAUUUGAGAAAGGCGAUCUCAUUCUAGUCAAACUCCAACCCCAUUGGCGGCAUUUAGUGGCUUUAUGCAAGAGUCAAAAGUUGGAAAUGAGAUUUUUUAACCCUUUCUGAAUCAUUAAGAAGUUAAGUGUUGUUUCUCACAAACUAGCAUUGACCUCUGAGGCUAGGAUUCAUGAUGUUUUUCAUAUAGCACUUUUAAAAAAGUUCAAUAGUGACUCGCAGGCAUAUUACUUACCCUUACCGUUGCAAUCAAGUGACUUUGGACCCAUCUUGGAGCUGGCAGCAGUUUUGGAUUCUCAGACAAUUCUUAAGCAUGGAAAGGAGGAAAGACAACUCAAAGUAAAGCGGGGCAUUGGUGAAGCAGCUGAGGUCACUUGGGAAAGUGCAGCAAAAUUCACCAAGAAUUUUCCCCGGUUCAACCUUAAAGGCAAGGUCGAAGUGAAAGAGGGGAGUAAUGUAAGGAAGAAAAUUGUUGCCCAUGAGAUUGUUGAGGGCAAGGAUGAAAAUAGUGAGAAAUUAACUAAUGAGGAAAGAUCAGUUGAAGGCAAGAGACACGUGGCAGCCGAUCCAAACAAUUCAGGUGCUACAAAAAGCAACAAAGAGAGAAUAUUAAAUAAGAGGCUACAAGACUAUGCUUGGCAACAAAUUACUGGUUCUCAUGCCCGAUGAUGGGUCCCUGAAUUCUUUCUAUUCCUCACAUAACCUUCAUACUUUACUGUUACAUUGCUUUCUUUUCCUGCAAGUUAUAGUUUACGACACUCAUUUUUCCAUUUCUUAUUCUCUGUAAUUCAUAGACUUCUCUUGUGGCAAUAAUAAUCAAUUUCUUCUCUUUUCUGUUAA